UUUUCUGCUUUCUACUUCGGCGGGAUUGGCUGCUCUAUAGGCGAACAAUGGCCCGUACUAAACAGACCGCUCGAAAGUCUACCGGAGGAAAAGCUCCUCGCAAGCAGUUGGCAACCAAGGCUGCCCGAAAGAGUGCUCCAGCCACUGGUGGGGUGAAAAAGCCUCAUCGUUAUCGCCCCGGCACUGUCGCCUUAAGAGAAAUCCGUCGUUACCAGAAAUCGACCGAGCUGCUCAUCCGUAAGCUCCCCUUCCAGCGCCUGGUCAGAGAGAUCGCCCAAGAUUUCAAGACCGAUCUCCGUUUCCAGAGCUCCGCCGUUAUGGCCCUGCAGGAAGCCAGCGAGGCUUACCUCGUUGGCCUCUUCGAAGAUACCAACCUGUGCGCCAUCCACGCCAAGCGGGUGACGAUUAUGCCGAAAGAUAUCCAGCUGGCGCGCCGCAUCCGCGGGGAGAGAGCUUAA